CCACCAAAGAGAGAGAGAGAGACAGAGACCAAUAGCGUCAAUCUGCAAGCGAAAACGUAGGAUAAAAUCUCCACAAGUCUAUUAAACAGAAAUGUUUGAUAUAUAAUAUGAAAUGUUUGGAAGAGAGGGGAAAGACAGAAAAGAAAAUCUGACACUACCCAUUAAAAAAGUGGCCCAUUUAAUUUAUCUCUUUUCCCACUCUGAAUAGUGUCUUUCUUCUCCAUGGGUCUUCCUGGUUAUCCACCAUCCGUCAAUGCAGAGCCCAUCUGAUUUUCCCACCCUUUUCCUUUCUGGUCCUGGCUUCUCAGGCGAUUGAGGGAGAUGGGCAUUUGGCCCCUAAAGUUUCUUAAUUUUCCUGAGGUAUAUAAGAUGCAAGUUACGGUAUUGUGAGAGUUUAGGGAAGGCGGGAGGCGGCAGCAUGAUUGGUUCUGGCGUAAAUUUGGUCAUGACUGUCAUAGGAUUUGCUGUGAGCACCAUGUUUAUAGUGUUUGUUUGCACUAGACUAGUCUGUGCAAGGAUACAACUUACAGCGUCCAGGAGGGCCUUUCCUGCAACCAUCCGAUCUGAUCUAGGCAUGCUAGAGCGUGGAAUUCAUGGGCUUGAACCGGUGCUACUAUCGAGCUUUCCGACGAAAAAAUUCAGUGAUGAAUUCUUUUCUUCCGGUGAAGAUUCCCAGUGCACCGUAUGUCUGGGAGAAUACCAAGAUAAAGAUAUGCUCCGCAUUCUUCCUUACUGUGGCCAUGCUUUUCAUAUCACCUGCAUAGAUAUAUGGCUGCAGCAGCAUUCUACUUGCCCAGUUUGUCGAAUAUCCUUACGGGAUUCUCCAGAUAGAAAGCGUCUUUUGCAGCCCUUGUUUAGCCCUGCUUUUCGUUCCUCACGUAGCCCAGAUACAGUGGCUGCACGGUCAUACAAUUGCCUACAUGGUAGUCCUGGCUUUUCUGCAAGGAGGAUGGACAGUCUUAGAAUGGAAUCAAUUCAAGAGGACCCUUUUGUGCCUGACCUUGAAGAUGUAGGAGAGAUGAUCUCUUCUACAGUCGCUAAUGGUGGCACAGAAAAAGGACCACCUGGAGAUGACCUCGAAGCGAGAAACCUUGUCAGACCAUCCCCCUCUCAGCAACUUGAUUGAUUCUGCCAAACAAGCCGCACUUCCUUCUACAUGAUGCAUCCCAGUUUCUUGAGAUCAACCAGAUAUUGAUCCAAAACGGGCGAAGAAUGAGAAAUCUAGAAAUGGAAUUGAGAUCUGCAUAUGUUGACCAUGUGCUUGUUGAUGCAAUCCUUUGUACAUAUAUUGAAUUUUUAGCGUUCUCUUUUCCUUAAUAAGGCGUUCAGCUUCCUGUCGGCAGUUGCUCUGACCUCAUACAGAGCUUUCAUUCUGGAAAAGAAGAUACUAAUCAUCAGAGGAACAAGAGUGCUUGAUUUGAGAAAAAGUAAUGGUCCAGCAUUCUUCAGACACCUACGACUCCUUUAGCUGCAACCUACUGCAAUGGUUUUCUAUUUCGAACUUGCCUGAACCGUGCAUAAUUGCAUCGUUUAUGCCAAAAAUGGUCCUUGGCAUAAGGAAAACGACCCUCACCAUCUGAAAUUUAGCUUGCUGUUUGUUCUUCCCAAUUUCGUGAUCUCAAGACACGAAUUUGUCAAUUACAUGAGUGCUACUUUUUGGGUUGAAUUGAUCGUGGGAAGCUUUAUAUA